AUCAUCAUCCGCCUCAUCAUCCACUAUCAUCAUUGUUAUCAUCAUCACCUCGGCUCUCUCUGAGAAAGCGGAUAUCCCACAGAGGGACGAAGAAAGAGGAAGGAGCGGCAGGGCUUCUCAAACCUAGAAGUAGUCGCGGAGGAAGGAGGUGGAGGGAGGAGAGAUGGCGGAGGAGGGGCUGGGAUUGGAUCUGAGCUUGUUCUCAGGCAGCAUCUCCGGGCUCCAGUCGAAGCGGUCGAGCGACUCUUCGCCUCGUCAUCGGAGCUCGCCGAUCUGCGUGGACCUCUCGUCUGAGCGGGAGUCCGAGACGUUCAGAGCUGACUCGAGACACUUGUUUAGGAGGAUCGAUGUGAAUCGGGUGCCUGCAAUGACGGACUUGGAUGAUUGCGAGGAAGAGGAAGUUGUGGCGACAGCGUCGUCGCCUACGAGCACGGUCUCGAGCUUGAGCUUGAGUGGCACUAAACGAGGAGCAGACAACGAUCUCCUCAUGGAGGAAGAGAGGGCCUCGUCCAGAGGAGGAGGUGGAGGAGCCGGAGCGGGAAGUGGGGCUAGCGACGAGGAGGAUACCUCCAGAAAGAAGCUGAGGCUCAGCAAGGACCAAUCUGCCGUCUUGGAGGAGAGCUUCAAGGAACACCCCACACUCAAUCCGAAGCAAAAGAUGGCGUUGGCCAAGCAACUAAAUCUCCGACCUCGGCAGGUUGAAGUUUGGUUCCAAAACCGCAGAGCAAGAACUAAAUUGAAGCAGACGGAAGUGGACUGCGAAUUUCUAAAGCGGUGUUGCGAGAACUUAACAGAGGAGAACCGGAGGCUACAAAGAGAGUUGCAGGAACUCCGGGCGCUUAAGCUCUCCCCUCAAUUCUACAUGCCUAUCCCAGCUACCACCCUCACAAUGUGCCCUUCUUGCGAGAAGCUUGCAGGCAUGGCCGCCUCCAACAACCAAUGCCGGAUUCCAGCACCUGCUGUUGGACCGAUCCCUGUCCGCAGGUUAGACAUGCCAGCUCGAUCAUGAGAGAGCGUUAGUGGCACCGGUGGAACCGCCAUUUUUGCCUGGUUUUCCGACCGAUCUCCUCUGUUUGCGGCCAUGUUUGCGCAUUUACAAGCCAUGACAGACACGAUGAUCUACUUUUCCGCUCCUUUACUUCUAGGAGGAACCUUACAGGAAGAUUGUAGCCGGAUUGGUUUUGUUGUCGUUGUAAAAAGCUUAGAGUUCUGUUUCUGAAAUACAUUGCGUAACAUAUCAA